UCAUCACAAACACUUCUUAAUAAGAUAAAAACCAACACCAACACCAACGUACAUCAACUCCUCUCUUCCAUUACCAGUAGACAUGGCCUCCGCCGCGCUUUUUCUCGCCGUCAACAUCCUCUUCUUCGCCCUGCAGGGGGCCGCCUCGACCCCCUGCCCACCACCGCCGCCGCCCCCCUGUUCACCGACGCCAGUUCCCCCCAGCCCCUCGGGAGGGGGAGGGGGCGGCGGCAAGUGCCCGCGCGACGCGCUGAAGCUAGGCGUGUGCUCGAACGUGCUCGGGCUGAUCAAGGCCAAGGUUGGCGCCCCGCCGAGGGUGCCGUGCUGCUCGCUGCUCGAGGGGCUCGUCGACCUCGAGGCCGCCGUCUGCCUCUGCACGGCGAUCAAAGGGAACGUCCUCGGCAUCAACCUCAACCUCCCCAUCGACCUCAGCCUCAUCCUCAACUACUGCGGCAAGGGCGUUCCCUCCGGGUUCAAGUGCUAAGCGAUCGACGUGCCUGGCUUUAAAAUUCGCGCUGGUUCUUCCUGUUUUUUUAACUUUUGCAUGCAUGCAUGUGUUUCGUGAAGUGGUGUGCACGUGUGUGUUUGUGUCGUACGUGUGUGUGUGUGUGCGUGCGCGUGCUUGUUCUUCCUUUCUUUGGAUUCGUUUUGUUCAUUGUUGUGGGAUCGAUCAUGCGCGCCACUAGUGAUGUAGUGAGAGUGAAUCACUAGCUCUUGAUUGAAUCUGCUUUGAAUAAUUAAUCUUUUAAUAUUUCCACAAUGAGCAAA